UUGGAAAUCCGGGGUGGCGCUAGUGUCGAAUUUCAGUCAAUAUAUCACGUUCAUAUUUGACAAUAAUUUUGUUUAUUGUGUCUAAAAUAAAGCAAAGUAAAUUUGAAUUUGAAGAGUAAUUUGCAGUGAUAAAAAAUUGUGAUAUUGUGUCCGCUUGAUUCGCCGCAAAAACGCUUUUUUGUUGUUUUAUUGGGGGCCCAGUUAAUUCCCAAUUAACGUUGUUUAUAGUCGAUUUUGCGCUAAAUUCCGCGCUUGACAAUGUUUUAGUGUGACAAUCAUCCGAAUUUCCCGACAAAAUCACGUUGUGCUCCGGGGGGCUUAGAGCGUUGGAUGGGGCUUGCUGUGCCCCAAUUUUCUUGCACUGGCUCCCACUUCAACCACCACCAUUACCCCGCUAAACCAAGAAGGGGUUCUGGACAUGACUGCCACGGAGAAUACAAUCCGUUUCAGUGUCCACACCCUGGACAAAGCCACCAAAGCUAAAGUCACCUUAGAAAAUUACUACACAAAUCUCAUAGCUCAACAUGUGGAGCGAAAACAAAGGUUAGCGAAACUGGAAGAAUCUUUGAAAGACGACAGCCUCUCCGAAGAGCAGAAGCAUGAGAAGCGCCUCCAGCACGCCCAGAAAGAGACCGAAUUCCUUCGACUGAAGCGAUCGCGUCUCGGUGUCGAAGACUUCGAACCUUUGAAAGUAAUAGGUCGGGGGGCUUUCGGCGAGGUCCGCCUAGUCCAGAAAAAGGACACUGGUCAUGUGUACGCCAUGAAAAUCCUUCGAAAAGCCGACAUGCUUGAAAAGGAGCAAGUGGCACAUGUGCGAGCCGAACGCGAUAUCCUCGUCGAAGCCGACCACCAAUGGGUGGUUAAAAUGUAUUAUAGUUUUCAAGAUCCCAUCAAUUUGUAUCUGAUAAUGGAGUUUUUACCGGGUGGGGAUAUGAUGACGCUGUUAAUGAAGAAAGACACGUUAUCGGAGGAAUUUACGCAGUUUUAUAUCGCCGAAACGGCACUAGCUAUAGAUUCGAUACAUAAGCUCGGAUUUAUCCAUAGGGAUAUCAAACCGGAUAAUUUGCUAUUGGAUGCGAAAGGGCAUUUGAAAUUGUCCGAUUUCGGGCUGUGUACGGGACUGAAGAAGUCGCACAGGACGGAUUUUUAUAGGGAUUUGAGUCAAGCCAAGCCGUCGGAUUUUAUAAUUACGUCUAGUCCGAUGGAUAGUAAGCGUCGCGCUGAAAGUUGGAAGAAAAACCGAAGAGCGUUGGCAUACAGCACUGUUGGUACUCCUGACUAUAUAGCCCCCGAAGUGUUCCUCCAAACCGGCUACGGACCGGCAUGUGACUGGUGGUCAUUAGGCGUCAUCAUGUACGAAAUGUUGAUUGGUUAUCCACCAUUCUGUUCCGAAAAUCCUCAAGACACUUAUCGCAAAGUGAUGAACUGGAGAGAGACUCUUGUUUUUCCCGCCGAAGUUCCGAUCUCUGAAGAGGCCAAAGAUACUAUUAUUAAGUUUUGCUGUGAAGCUGAACGAAGGUUGGGCUCACAGAAGGGUAUAGAAGAUUUGAAAAUUAUUCCCUUCUUUCGGGGAGUUGAUUGGGAGCACAUAAGGGAAAGGCCGGCCGCGAUACCUGUAGAAGUUAAGUCCAUAGAUGAUACGUCGAAUUUCGACGAUUUCCCAGACGUCAAGCUUGAAAUUCCUUCUGCGCCCAUGCCUCAGGACGGUGAGGUGAUCUACAAAGACUGGGUGUUCAUCAACUACACGUUCAAGAGGUUUGAAGGUUUGACGCAAAGGGGGACCCCAACUAAGAAAUAGAUGGCACUUGGUGUAACAAACCGGCAGUUAAUCGCGCUAUAAACGAGCACUUAUUUUUAGGAAAUAUCGUGAAAAGUCACACUUUGAGUGCUUCGAUAUGAUUUUUGAACUGUACCUUUCCAGUAGUUAUUUUCUAAAAAUGAGUAAUUUUUGUGUAUUAUAGGUCUGAAGCAGUUUUGACACUGUUUGCUUUGAGCUGUGAGAAGCUAUGUAUCUUUUGUUGUAUUUACACUGAUAUGUGUUCUUAUCGGUAAAUGUGAGGACUUGUGUUUAUUGUAAAUAUUACGAAAAUGACGAAUUGUUAGUACAAAAUUGUUGCGAAACUACUGCCAAUUAUUUAUGUGAUGUUGUUUUGGAUGAUGCAGAGGGUGGUUUGUGGGAUAUUUUUGUACCUAAUGAUUUUGUGUGUAUCAUUUUAAAUACAACAGAAGAUUUUUGUGUAUAUGUUAUUUUUUGUUUAUUGUUACAAAGUGAUACUUUUAUUAUUUACUUGUUUUUUUAUUUAUAGACAAUGUAAUUCUUGAUCGACGUCAAGAACUAUUUUGUAUAACUCGUGAAGGACAUGAAAUUACACUUUUUACACCCUUCAUGAUUCUGUCAGUGAGAUCAUAUAUUUUGCAAUUUUAUUUCAAGACAAACGACUGUAGUAUUAGUGUGCGGGUUUGUAUCGAUUAGUCACAUUUUAUUAGUAUGUAACGAUUUGUUUUUUUCCCAAAAAGCACGUAAUAUGAACAAUUAUUUUUCAGAAAAUUUUAGUGUUAACCGAUUAGAUUUUGUGGAAGUGUAUGUGUAGUUUUGCUAAACAUAUCGAUCAGUUAUGGCUGUCAAACAGUCUGGAUGUGUAUGUGAAGCAGUUGGUAGACAUGGAAAUUUUAUAGAAAACAAUUAAUGUUAAGCUUGUAGCUCUCUACAGACGCACCUUUUUUUCAAAUUCAUUCAACUUGGUGCAAAUUAGCUAGAUUAUUAUUUAUCCUCUAAUUUGUUAUUUAUUACGAUUGUAUUUUAUAAUUGGUCUCGCUAACAGGACUUGUACAUAUAUUUACUUCCAAAAAUGUGUAUAACAAAGUUUAUUAAACUCUGUGCUUUAA